CGAUUCCUUAUCUUCCUGAUCUUCACAUUUCUCGUUAUAUCGUACCAACCUGCAAGAUCUACGCCGGAGAAUCACCGCUAUAGUGUCGGAGAUGUUGUUCCCUUGUUCGUCAACAAGGUUGGCCCGUUGAAUAAUCCGAGGAAACGUCCUGCAAGUUGGUUGAGGAACCUGCUGCUCCAACCUUCAAUCUGUCUCUCAUUGAGCAUCAACUGAUUGGUUGGAUUCUUCCCCUUCAAUUGAUUCUUGUACUCAAAGUGGCCAUCUCUCCUGAAGUAAAUUACAAAAUCAGAUGAAGAAAGAGGGCGGAAGAUCUCCAUUAGAGAGAAGAAAGGGGAAGAAAAAGAAAAAUUGAAAAGAAAAUCAGAAUAUGGAUGGUUUCAAGAAGAAUUAUUCAUCAUCUCCCUCAACCAAACUUUUUGCAAUUCCAAAGCUUUCUUCACUUGUGAGACAUAUCACUACUAUGACCUGCCAUUCUGUCUCCCAGAUGCUAUCAACAUGGAAAACCCAAGUCAGAGAUUACCUGUUGGAUGGGCUGUAUCCUCAAACUCACUUAUCAUUCAAUUAAUGGAGUUUAUUUUGAAUGCUUACCUAUUAACUUGCAGACCCUCCCAAAAGUUAAUGACCUAAGAUGGUGAAUAUAAUCCAUUUGCUGUUCUUUCGAGUUGUACAGCAUCCAAGAGAUCAGGUAAUUGAAAAGAAGGAAUCACUCGGUGAAGUUUUGAAUGGUGACCGUCUGACAAAUGCUCUGUAUGUGUUGAAAUUUAGAGAGAACAAAAUUGUAGAAACCCUUUGCGAGAAGCCGCUGACAAGGGAUGAAGUCGCAAAGUUCAGGGAUGCCAUCAAGAAUGAUUUUUACUUUCAGAUGUACUAUGAUGAUCUCCCUUUAUGGGGAUUUGUCGGGAAGGUUGAAGAGACUGAGUUCCCUGAUGAGAUGAAGUCUCGAUAUUAUCUCUUCAAACAUGUUCAAUUUGAUGUUCUUUACAGUGAGGACCAUAUCAUUGAUGUACAUGCUUUUAGUGACCCUACUGAUGCAGUAGAUGUUACCAAAGAUCAUGAAACUAAAGUCACUUUCACGUAUUCAGUUUUUUGGAAUGCAAGCUCAACUCAGUUUGAGAAUCGGAUGAGCAAAUAUUCAAGAUCUUCUAGACUGCCACAGCACCUACAGAUUCAUUGGUUCUCAAUCAUUAACUCACUUGUUAUUGUUUUUCUAUUGGUGGGGAUGCUUGCGGCUCUGUUUCUGCGAAACCUCAAGAGUGACCUGACGAAGUAUUCUCAUGGAGACAAAGAAGAAGACAAGGAAGAGGUUGGCUGGAAACAUAUUCGUGGUGAUGUAUUUAGAUAUCCUCCAUACAUAUCCCUAUUAUGUGCUAUCCUGGGCAGUGGCACACAGCUCUUCUCUCUGGUUUUGUUUUUAUUUGCACUGGCAUUUAUGGGUGUGCUUUAUCCUUACAACCGUGGAGCUCUUUUGUCCUCUCUUGUUGUGAUUUAUGCUCUUACAUCUGUGAUUGCUGGAUAUGUUGCUUCUUCAUUCCAUAGUCAGUUCCUGGGAAGUGGAUGGGAAAAAAGUGUUCUUCUGGCUGGGGUUCUCUACUUUGGUCCUCUCUUUGUGACAUUUUCUAUCCUUAAUACAGUCUCCAUAUAUUAUAGGACAACAUCUGCUCUUCCAUUUGGCACCAUUGUUGUGCUGCUUCUCGUAUGGACACUGGUCAGCAUCCCAUUAUUUGCCUUGGGUGGGAUAUUUCGUUAUAGGUUAAGGUCUGAAUUUCAAGCACCCUGUGCUACCAAGAGGUUCCCAACUGAGAUUCAACCACUAGCUUGGUUCAGGAAGACCCCUGCACAGAUGUUUCUUGGGGGCCUUGUACCAUUUAGUGCAAUAUUCAUAGAGUUACACUACAUCUGUGCAAGCAUUUGGGGUCACAAGAUCUACACUGUUUAUGGCAUUCUUCUAGUUGUGUUUGUCAUCCUAAUUGUACUCACUGCAAUCUUGAGUAUUGGGUUGACUUAUCUUCAGCUUUCUGCAGAAGACCAUGAAUGGUGGUGGAGGUCUCUUUUACGUGCAGCCUCAACUGCCAUUUUCAUGUAUGGCUACUGCAUCUACUAUUACACUCGAUCAAGCAUGAGUAGUUUCCUGCAGUUAUCAUUCUUUUUUGGGUACAAUGCUUUGAUGUGUUAUGGUUUCUUUCUUAUGCUUGGGACCAUUGGCUUCAUUGCUUCUUUGCUUUUUGUUCACUAUAUCUACCACAGCAUCAAGUCUGAAUAAACAAUCUUGUUUUCCAUAAUUGUCUGUUUGAUAAUGAUGGGUCUAUGUGUUGGCUUUUCAAUCCUGUAACAUAGUUCUCCAAUUUCUGAUGCCCAUUCUGUUCCCAGUAGGGAGGGGUAGCAAUGAUGUCAGAAGGAAGUCAUUUGCAAUGAUACAACAUGAUACAUCUUUGUAUUGCUUCAAAAUAUUCGAUAAUUAUAAAUUUAACAUAGUUGUCGCGUA